UAUUUCAUUUUUUGUUUUUAGCACCGGAAGUACACAAAGGCGUCCCGCGCUAUGACAUGUAGUUAUAGUCGUGUUACCAUAGUGAUGGACAGGCGUAACUUUGAAAAGACACUCACCCUUUUUCAAGCGUGUAUUCGUGGAUAUUCGGUGAGAGAGGAGUUGCGUCGUGCACGGACGCUCUUUGAGGACGUCGUGAAAGAGAUUGAUGGCACUUUGGCUCAUUUAGAGUGGAGGGACGCCAUCAUCUCCACCCCCCACUUCACGGACACGGAUGGCCCCCUGCACCGUACCAGUAAAGCUGAAGGACCAGACGUCAAUGUCUCCUUACAAAACCCAGAAGCAGCAGGUGGGGGGAUGCAUUGUGUCCUGCUGCAGAAUGUAGAAGAAGAGAACGAUGCACAAGGAAGUGGCAAACUGCAGAAUCUAGAAGAAGAGAAAGAUGCACAAGGAAGGGGCAAACUGCAGAAUCUAGAAGAAGAGAAAGAUGCACAAGGAAGUGGCAAACUGCAGAAUGUAGAAGAAGAGAAAGAUGCACAAGGAAUUGGCAAACAAACAAUGGAGUUUUUAGAAAGCAGCCAUUCCCCCGAGGCAGGACAGAAUGUUAGCUGUGACGAGGUUCUGAAGAGCACAGGAGACUCCACAUCCAUCUGGAGAAGUAUAAGUCUGGAAUCGUAUCCUCCUCACAAAGGUCGGCUGCGGUACCGCUCAGUCAAGGAGGUUCCUCCCAAUCCGGAGGCCUUGCGUUUCCAUAGAGACGCCCUGACCAUGGAGUUACUGUGGCUGCAGCAGGCCAUUGACAGCAGGAAAAAGUAUUUGUCUCUGAAGGAAAAACUCAGCAUGACUGAAGCUGAACCUCACUUUAAAACACAUAUUAAAUGAAAUUAUAUCCACAUAUUUAUGAUGUAUGACUGUAUAUUUUGCAUUAUAUUUGAUAUGAAAAAUGAAUAAAUGUUUAUUUUGUAAUACGUCAAA